ACUCUUCUUCUUCCUCCUCUUCCAUUGGCUAUUGGGAGAUCGCGGCGCCUUUUUCAUGGAUGGGGAGGAGCUCCCAGAAGAGGGCUGUGUCUUUGAUUGAUUUCUUUGCCCGGUUCCAAGAUGGCGCUUAUGACCACGCUAGGAAUGCUGCGUGAAGCUUCAAUUCUGCCAUCACUCAAGAUGGCUGCCCCCAUCAAGAUGACCGGGGUGUGCCUUGGGGAAAGGGGCAGCAGGAUGGUGUGAGAUGGCAAACCCCGGCCCCUCCUUGUCCUCUGGACUAAAAUGGGGAACACGUUGGGCCUGGCACCGAUGGGGCCUUUGCCCCGUCGGAGCCCCCGCCGAGAAGAACCUCUGCCUAAUCCUGGGAGCUUCGAUGAGCUGCACCGGCUCUGCAAAGAUGUAUUUCCAGCACAGAUGGAGGGAGUGAAGCUCGUUGUCAACAAGGUUCUGAGCAGCCAUUUCCAGGUGUCUCAUACUGUGCAUAUGAGUGCCCUGGGCCUGCCGGGCUAUCACCUCCAUGCUGCCUAUGCAGGGGACUGGCAGCUUAGCCCUACUGAGGUGUUCCCCACGGUGGUAGGGGAUAUAGACAGCAGUGGCAGCCUCAACGCCCAGGUCCUGCUUCUGUUGGCAGAGCGGCUCCGAGCUAAGGCUGUCUUCCAGACGCAGCAAGCCAAGUUCCUGACAUGGCAGUUUGAUGGCGAGUAUCGAGGAGAUGACUACACAGCCACUCUGACCCUAGGAAACCCUGACCUCAUUGGGGAAUCAGUGAUCGUGGUCGCUCACUUCCUGCAGAGCCUCACUCAGCGGCUGGUGUUGGGAGGAGAGCUAGUUUAUCACCGGCGACCAGGCGAAGAGGGAGCCAUCCUUACCCUGGCUGGGAAGUACUCGGCUGUACACUGGGUAGCUACACUGAAUGUGGGAUCAGGCGGGGCCCAUGCGAGUUAUUACCACAGGGCAAACGAACAGGUUCAGGUUGGAGUGGAAUUUGAGGCAAACACAAGGCUACAAGACACAACCUUCUCCUUUGGUUACCACCUGACUCUGCCCCAGGCCAACAUGGUGUUUAGAGGCUUGGUGGAUAGUAACUGGUGUGUAGGUGCUGUGCUGGAGAAGAAGAUGCCUCCCCUGCCCGUCACCCUGGCCCUCGGAGCUUUCCUCAAUCACUGGCGCAACAGGUUCCACUGUGGCUUCAGCAUCACGGUGGGCUGAGGUUGUUGCGGAGCUGGGCCCACAGCCGCUUGAACCUCUGAGUCAGGUGCCCUAGGGCCAAACACUAGGCCUCUCUCCAGAACCCACCUUGCUGGGUGACUCUUAGGUCUCAGGAGCAGUGGGGGACAGGACCACGCCCUCCCCAGAACUGGCGCUGCCACAGGGUCAGCUGACGAGGCAGUGGUUUGAGGCUCCCACUUCUGCAACCAGGCCCACUCUCCCCUUCCCCAGGCUGUGGCAUUGGACAAAGGGAGAAGGAUGAAGGGGUGUGUCUGGCUGAAUUUUCC